AUGUCUGAAACUAAUACACCAGCUUCUACCUCUACUUUCGCUACUGCAACGAAAGAAAAAAAAGUUCCAACUGAGGAGGGCUUGGCGCGUAGCGAGACGGCUAUAAAAAUUCUAGAAAAGGAAGAAAUUACAGGUAGUGCCUUUCUCGAGAUGACUGAAGAGAAGUUUCGCAGUCUUGGAAUGCCAGCUGGACCCGCUUCAGACCUUGCCGACUUCGCUAAAGAACUUGGCAAGCAUAAAUUAAAGUCAUUCUCGUUUUACAAACCCAGAAAGACCUGA